GAUUACAUGUGUAUGCCACAAUCCAGCUAGCGUUUGUCAUACAACUCAUACCUAACAAUAACAAUGAAGCCGCUCUAAAUAUAUCGCCAUGUAGAGAAACAAUAUCUACUCCUAGCCUGAGUGGCGAAAGGAUGCAGAGGAAGGGAGACUAUGGUAAAAAAGAAAGAAACAGGCUUACAGAUACUUACAUCUAGCUUGUAGCUAUACUUCAUGGAGAGAGCUCUUGAAUGAAUCCUACCCCUGUAUCCCCAGCUGAUAGCCUUGGGACUAACUGGCAGACUGGUAAAUGAGACACAUCCCAAGUGAAGGUCAUGGGCGCCUUUGCCACCGAGAACUGCACCUUCUAAGCUUAUUCUCUUUUGGCCUAUACCCUACUAUAGUCUUCACGAUCGUUAAGUUAUCCUAAAAUUUGAAUUGAGGAUGAUGUGGCGAGGCAUCGGAGCCGCGUUACACGACAAAUGGACCAUCAAGGUCAAUAUAAAAACGAAAGUGUAGACACUACUGAGGCAAAGAAGAAGGGAAUCAGCGGACAUUCUAAAGUGUUCAAUACAAUCAAAUCCUUAGUACCGAAUUUGGUCUCCAAACUUCAUCAUGCCUUUCGAAGAGAACUUCGAAUUCGACGCUGCCCGCUACCGCGAGGAGGUUAAGGGCUUCGCCGUCGCGAGGCUUCAACAGCAGGAGAUCGCCAUGGGGCGUAAAUACCUCGCAGGCGGCUUUGCGACUGGUUUCGGGCUAAGCAGCGCGGUAUUUACCGGAGGGCUGAGCUUACUUUUGGCCGGCUACAAAGGCCGGAGCACGUACGUGGCCAGCAAGAAGCGCGAGAUCAUCCAAGCCGAGCUUCGCAGGCGCAAUCUGAAGACCCGCCAUAUCACCGCCAAAGAUGCUGCCAUCUCCUGGUCCAUCGGGGCGAUGGCGGCUUUAAUCGGCAUGGAGGUGGGCGACUUCACCGAGGGGAUGACCAACAUCAACGACAUGGGCGCGGCGCUACCCGACGGCGCGAACGAGAGCACCGGGCUGACAGCCGAUCCGGGGAAGGCGGCGGAGGGCAUGGCCGGCCAAGUCCAGCAGCUGGCGGCGCACGUUGCAGGCGACGGGGCCGCAGGCGUGGCUACGCAGGUAGCGGCGGCGGAUACCGUUGCUUACCACGCCGGCAUGGUCCAAGCGAAGAUCAUCGAAGAGCACCUCGCCAACGAGGCGACGGAGGCUACGUUGGUAGCUCUUACGGAUCCACCCGAAGAACCGAAGCCAGGAUGCUCGCAUACAAAAUCCAGAGUCCAAACUGAAAGUCUCGGUUGUGAUAGGUGUAGCGAAGGCAUCGAAAAGGGGCAUUGCUACUGGCACUGCUGCGACUGCUCCGGCGACAAUUACGACAUCUGCAUCAAAUGCAGAACAAAAGGUGCUGCGUGCAAAAACAAAAACCACAGUUUGAGAAAGCUUCAGGUGCCGACUUAGUCUAAGAUUAAAAUACACCCACCCUCUCGGUUUACCUGGUAUAAUAAAGGUCUUAAGGUUUAGAUAUUACAGGAUAUACGACGGUUAAGGGCUUCAUACGGAUCCGGAGUUGACAUUGUUAUUUUUCCUUGGAUUAUGCUAUAAAAUAUACCUCCUAUGAAUAUCUUCAAAGCCAGUUAGCAAUAUUUAAUUUAUACUAUCGCAUAAGUCUAAAGGUACGGGUACUAUAUAUACCGUAAUGGACGCAGCCGGGUUGGCGUUGACAGUGACAGGUUGUGUUCUAAAGUUGGUAGCCUUUUCCAUCGACUUCGUUGCCAAUGCGAAGGAGGUCUACCAUAAUGGUGCCACGACGCGAACGCAAUUCUCCUCGUUAAGACGUAUGGGAUCCCUCCCUUGCGCCCACGUACUGAUGACAAUGACAUGCUACAGCUGGUUUUAUAUGUAAUGAAAAGGGCUAGAGAACCGCAGCACGUCAACAAGCAAUUUCACCCCGACGUCAUCCAAGAGCUUGAUUCUUCCGUGGACAUGUAUUUUACAAAGCAUGGAAGCCAAACUGAGGCAGGCGACAGCUCUGGACAAAAUACUGGCAGGAUGCUGGUACACUGGUCUGAUUAUUGGCAUAGGUAUCUCGAAUGCAUAGCUUCGCCCAGUUCGGAGAUUGGUAUUUCUUACCCACCUUACGAUACUCAUCCAAACUUCCUAUCGUUUGCGCUCGCAAGUGG